AUGCGUUGCGUCUCUCAAUGGAUCCGCAGAUUCUGUGGAAAUUCAUCUGCGGCAGAGGUUGAGGAAUACGGUUUCAAUGAGCUGUGGAAGAAAUAUGAGGGCUGCUCUAUGGAUAUGCUAGAGAGUAUCGUUGAGGACCUCUCCAGUAUGGAGGACGCGAAGCGAGUCAUCGUGAUUCGAGACCCGAUGGCAUGUAUGCGAACUGUAGAUGAUGAUGCUGCUGCUGUGGCCUCGGGGGGUGACGCUGAUGUGGAUGGAGAUGAUGAAGAUUGGGGGGAAGAACAAUCGGUGGCUCGUAAAUCACUGGACUCAACGCUCGGCCUAGUUUUGUGGCUCGCUAGGAGUGUUCCUAUAGGAGUGAGAAUCGUCCUGUUGGUGCCUUCUGGAGCUACCACGGACAUGUUCGGAGAGUUCUGCGGAGUCAUGCGUCUGACUGUUGGAGAGGUCCGCGAUCUCUCUGGUUCUACCAGUGAGCUGCCGGUAAAUCCUUCCGGACCAUUGGUGGAGUUACUUGCUCAUCAUCAAGCUAGUCGUAGCUUGUCCCAUACCCGAGGCGGUCUGAUAUGUGUCAGUGGCCCUAGUGGCAGUGGGAAGACGGACGAGUUGCGGAGGCUGAGAGCGUUCGUGUCCUCUGGAAAGGCUGUUGAAGUACGCAUCGCGGACGUUGUGGCUGCAGAACUGGGUGAAUCUCAAAGGCGACUACGCAAGAUUUAUAGCGAACUAGCCUCUUGUUCGCGGUUCUCUCCGACUGUUCCGGCGGUCGCGAUGUUCGAUGAUUGCGAUUUGUGGGUGACAAGCGCUGGAAGAGUGAUGGGGGAGAUCCUCUCGCAAUGGACUGCUCUGCUUGAUGUGCACAAGGGGGAUGUUUGGACGUGCUUGGGCCAGAGACCUGAUGACUCGAUCCUUGCUGGUCUUUAUAUGAAUGUUGAGUCAAGGAAACGCAGAGGAAAGGAGCGAGUGCGCUUGGCCGGUGGGUAUAAGGAGAAUCACAACGUCGAGUUGGUGGGAGAGCCCCAACCCCGAGGGCCUACUAAGCUCGCAGUUGGGGUUAAGAGGAAGGGCCAUGAUGGGAAAAUGUACAUCUUCCCGGCUUGUGCAUUCGAUGUGUCGACUAACAUCAAGCACGAGGGAGUUAUUGGAGCGUUGGAGAAGGCCAAAUCUAGCACCGCCACUACUUCUAACUGGGCGGACAAGCGUGGAGAUCUCAUCACAUCGUUUGCACCUGUUAAAAAGAAGCGUCAGCUCAAUAGUUUCUUGGCCAACCGAGUGACUGAUGAUCGUAUCGAGAACUUCGGUCAAGCUAAGCGCACCUUGCAGAAGAGGCUUUCGGAAUUCUCAGAAUCCCCUCAAGAUGAGGAUAUCAGAUAUGAGCUCAAGUCAGAGGCAUCGCCUGCUAAGAAGGCCAAGAAGGACAUUCCGGAAGGCGUUCCUAAGAGUGUGUAUAGACAAAUGAAGGAGUUCUUGCCCACUUUCGAUGCGCAUGUAUCCAAGGUUGAGAAGAUCUUCGAUCUCAGUCGGGAGCUAUUCACGAAGGAACUGCUUAGCAAGGCGGAUGUGCAGAAGAGCGACUUGGCGUGGGAGUUAUGCGAGUGGUUGAAGCAGGGAGCUCGAGUUGGUCAUAAGUGUACGAAGCCGAAUAUGGACCCUGUGUUCUCUUCCCGUAUCAUCCUUGACCUUGGCCGACAGUUUACGACUUGCCCUGUAGCCAACCGCAAAUACAAGGUCCACGACUUCGCCUCGCGUCUUGUCAUCGUUAUCGGUCUCCUUCGCCUCUUCCAGUUACGUCGAGAGAAUCGUCUCUCAUUCGAUGAGACCAACACUUGGGGAGUUCCCGUCCCGCUCGCAAACUCCCUGUGGUACAUCUUCAACGGUGAGAACCCGAGCGUGAAGAGAAUGUCUGUGACCAGCAACUACAAGCUCUGCUGCUACCUGAUUAUCUCGAUACUGGCACUAGCACAGGCUCCGGCUUGGUCGUUCGAGUUCUGUCACCUUUGCGAGGACGUCCCCACUAUGAAGGACAAGGAGCUCUUUCAGACUCUGUGCUUCUGUGGCAUCAAGGUGUCGGGAGGCAUGGAGAAGCUUCGAGGGAAGUUGACGGCACCGUUACGCCCGAUAAUGCUGAAUCAAGGUGGGGCUAGACGGAGGCCUUGA